UACUCAAUAACAUCAGUUCUAGCCUAAAAAGAUUAAAAAUAGGUAGCAAUUUUCUAACAGGGUAUUUGAAACUCUGUCUAGAAGGGUCUUCUCACUGAAUCUACCUAGGUGCUGAGAGACUGAGGUCUUAGUGAGACCACAAACCUGCACCCACCUCCUUGGGAUAAGAUAUUCAGAGAUUAAGGUACUCGUGGAACUGAUUAAAAGUAUCUUUAUACUGAUCCAAUGGGAGAGAGAGGAAGGCUAUCUUUAAAUCUUGACCUAAAAGUAUUAAUGUAUUUCCUGAAAUAAUCUAGGGAAGACAAAAUUUUACUUAAUACUAAAUUAACAUAAAUUGCAAUAUGGUGGGAUUUCCUCCAUGAGCUUAUAUGCUCCAUCAGGGAUUUUAAGUGUUACAUUGCCAGCACAUAGAAAAGUGCUGAUGCUUAGUCAACUUUCAAUGAAUGAAUGCAGAAUUUGGUUCAGUGCGUGCCUUCGGGUUUAAAAGUUGCAACUUUUUUUUUUAACUUUAAAAAAUUCUCCAUUUAUAUAUAUGAAUAAAUGAAAUUAAUUUGGAGGCUAUUUAAUUAUUUAAUUAUUUUAGGUUUUGCUGUGAGAGAAUGUAGUUUGGCCUGUGGCUAGUAUUUAAAUAUAGAAUCCCACUGCAUUUAGAAGAGAGAAUCCUGGAAUCAAAUCCCAGCAAUAUUAUUAGCUCAUGGUGUGAUCCUGGGAAACUCAGUUUCCUCAUCGGAAAAUGAGGGAAAGGUUUUCUACGAGCUCUGCAAUUCUGAUUUUAGUGCUUAGUAUAGAAUAGGUUCUCAAUAUUUGUUGAAUAUGUGAUUCUAUGUUGCACUCAAGACUUCAUAUUUAAUUAGUAGACUGAAACAUUCCUCAAAAGCUUUUACUUUAGCUAACCAGCAAAAAUUCCUGAAAACUGUUCCUUGGUAAACAUUUUAAGCUUAGUAAUUUUAAUCAAAUAUUCAAUCAAAUAUGAGAGAAAAUUUAUCUUGCAUAUCUGAUCCAUAAGCACCAAGUGUAUCUAAUUCCUUACUUUCGACAAUUUUACCAGUCAGAUAUCAUUAUUACCAGGUUUUCACAGCUCAGCCUCAGAAAUAAAAACAAAAUAUGAAAUUAUGGUAUUUUGCACAUUCAAUUGGAAAGCGCAUAAAGUUUUAACCAUAUUACAUUCCUGAUAUUCAACUGUUUCUGGCUUUCAAAAUUGGCAAUUCUAUAUGGUUCAAACUGAAUAUAUUUAGUAUUAAAUACAAUGUUUAAGAAAUAGUAUGAGAAUAGCGGUUCCAAAUCCUCUCAUUCUACCUUUUACUGGUAUCGUCUCCUACCUGUUAGGGGUGUGGCAGGUAUUUUUCUAAAAUUUCAUAAUAUUGUGUCUCUUCUACGUAGCAUUUGUAACUUAUGGUCUAAAAAUAGUAUAAAUAUUUAUGUUUUUCCAAAUAUCCUAAAGGGCUAGUAUGAAUAAUUAAAUGUUUCAUAGAAAAAAAAUAUACUGAUAGUUCCCUAUAUUGCUUGAUUACUUAGGUCUGUGGUUCACAAGCUUUAAGGCUCUUAACAAUCACUGGAGACCUUACUAAAAUGCAGGUUUCUGAGCCCUGUAUCCAGAGAUUCUGAUUCAGUAGAUAGGCGUGGGGCCACGAAUUUGCCUUUCUUAGGAACUCUCACAUUACGCUGACGUUGCUGGAUCCUAAGAUCAUACGUGGAGAAGCACUACUAACGUCGGGUACUGAAGAGACUUUUUUGUAACAAGGCCUCUUCUUUCGUUUUUUCAGUAAAUAAAACUCAAGUCGAUGAGGUAUGAUACAUUCUCUUAAGCCCAAACCAUGUCUUCGUAAAGUACUACAUUAACUUAAUUGAAAGAUAAUCGUAACUGGGCCUCGCUUUGGCUUGGCUUCUACAACCCGCAAUUUCAGGAUCCACCUGAACGGAUCCAUCCGUUCUUUAGGGCCUCCCGGAGCGCUGGCCUGCCGAGGAGGGCAAGGGUCGCCCCAGCCCCGCCGCUAGGCCAGGGGCGCCGCUUCACGAGCGUUAUCAGCGGCAGCGCGUGCGGCCUGGCGAACUGCAGGAGGCUCCCGAUAGGGAAGCGCUUGGGCGCCAACCUAGGAGACCAAGCCCUACCACCGCGGGCGGCCAAACCGACCCCGUCCGCGAGGCCUUUCUCCGCCACCGCCCGUCUUGGAGCCCAGGGGGCCUAGCGGGGGCGACAGAAAGCCCCUGAAGGGGUGCAGCGGGCAGGUUCGCACCCGCCGGAGAUCACGCACUGUGAGUCUGCGCCCUGAGCCGCCACCUCCGAGCGGCCGCCGGGCUGCCGCCUCCCCAGGAGCCGCCGGCGCCAGGACCAGCAGCAGCUCUUGCAGGCCGGCGAGCUCGCCCGCUCCGCGGCGCCGGGCUUUCGAAGAUGUCCGCCCAGCCCAACGCUGGCUUCGCGAGAGAGGCUUCUCGCCAGAUCCUGGCCGGUGGUUCCGCUGGUCUUGUAGAAAUUUGCCUGAUGCACCCCCUCGAUGUGGUGAAAACCAGAUUCCAGAUUCAGAGAUGUGCAACUGAUCCAAAUAGUUAUAAAAGCUUGGGAGACAGCUUUCGAACAAUUUUCCGAAGAGAAGGAUUGUUUGGUUUUUACAAGGGGGUUCUGCCGCCAAUCUUGGCUGAAACACCAAAGAGAGCAGUGAAGUUUUUCACCUUUGAGCAGUACAAGAAAUUGCUAGGAUAUGUGUCACUGUCACCAGCAUUGACAUUUGCCAUUGCUGGAUUAGGAUCCGGACUAACAGAAGCGAUCGUGGUUAACCCUUUUGAGGUAGUAAAAGUCGGCUUACAAGCAAAUCGGAACAAAUUUACAGAGCAACCAUCCACGAUGAGUUAUGCAAGACACAUCAUUAAGACAGAAGGCUUGGGACUCCAGGGCCUCAACAAAGGAUUUACAGCAACUUUGGGACGUCACGGGGUUUUCAACAUGGUUUAUUUUGGCUUCUACUACAAUGUCAAAAACAUUAUUCCUGUCAAUAAGGAUCCAACCUUGGAGUUUUUGAGAAAAUUUGGGAUUGGUCUUCUCUCAGGCACAAUAGCCUCAGUCAUUAACAUCCCUUUUGAUGUUGCCAAGAGUAGGAUUCAAGGGCCUCAACCAGUUCCUGGACAGAUCAAGUACAGAACCUGUUUUAAAACAAUGGCAACAGUCUACCAGGAAGAAGGGAUUUUAGCUUUGUACAAAGGCCUGCUUCCCAAGAUUAUGAGGCUUGGACCAGGUGUCCUGAGUUGCUGUGGUGUUAAAUACAAGGAAAAGGCUUGUUGUGAAUGGACUGUCCAGGCUAAACAAAAAUGUGAAUGACUGGAAAUCUCCUUCAGGGACCUGGCCCACACUCACAUGUGGUGCGGUGAUGCUGCUGGUUUAUGAAUACACCUAUUCAUGGCUUCAGAAGAACUGGUGAUUGCCUUAGAAGGUUGAGAUCAUGGAUAUCUGGCAUACAGCACCAUGAGGAGGGACUAUCAGCUCAGCUGAUGUGCUUAUACAUUAUAAUUACACAAUUAUAUACAAUUAUUAAGGGGAAAGAGCUUAUUCAAGAACAAAACCUAUUUUGAUACUUCAGAAAUUCUCUCUAGACAAAUUGAGACUGUACUCUUGGCCCUAUCUAUAAAUCUGUGAGACAAAAAAUAGUAUGAAGUAAUCAGGUAUGUAAACUGAACAUAGAAAAUAGUAUAGAAAUCAGAUUUCACAAAAAUUAUAUAAAUUUUGUGAUGUUUUCCUCCUAUACUGCUUCAAUAUGAAAAUGCACUGUAUUAAUAAUUCUUUUUCCCAUGAGAUCAAGAAAUGCUUAAAGUAAUAAAAAAAAGCCAAAAUUUGAGUAGUUUUUAUAAGUAAUUAAAUUCUCCCAUAAAUAAUAUUUAAAAGGCACAAGGAAAAUGUUUUCAAAGUACACUAAAAUGGCAUUUUUAAAAUGCUGCAUUUUAUGUCAAAAUUUAAAUUUGUUGGUGUUCUUUAGAGUAAUAAUACACAUCACAGCUAUAUUUUCCCAAAUCCACUUUAUAUUUUGUACUGUUGUUUAAAGCAGGUCAUAUUUUAAAUCCUGAUAUGUGAAGUCUUUUAUGGCAAAUAGAACACAUGAAUUAUAUUGAACUAUUUUCCUUCACAUAAUUCCCUUUGAAAACAAUUUUUGUUGCUGAAAUAUUUUCAUGUUAAAACACAAAUUGGAACCACUCCUUGGGCCCAUUUGUGCGGUCUGUAUUUGCAUCCAGCUAUCUUUGUUCAGAAUUCUUACCUAUGCCAUUCUUAGAAAGAAUGUUUAGAGCAAAACUACAUUUCCAAGUUAUUAGUUUCAAGUGAUAGCUUCAGGUGUGAAGUCAACUGUCUGCAUUGUUAAAAUAUGCAUUAUGAAAGGAAAAAUGUUUCAAAAUAGAAGUACAUUCUUAGCAUUUCCAAAGAUUCCUGUACUAACAUGCACUCUAAAAAUAUCUCCUUGGCACUGGUAUAACCAAACUUGAUUUUAUAUUUGCAUCCUGAAAUGAUGCUACUUCGGUAGCUAAAGUCAACAAAAUGUCUGCACACUCUAGAUGAUACGUGUUCUUAACUACUGCUAAGGGAUAUUUCUACCAUGAGGCUAUGUCACUAAAGCAUUUUGAAAAUAAAAAAUAAAAGAUAACUUGAUAAUUAUUACUUUUUAUUAAUUUAGAGCAUUUGAAGUAUAAAAAUAAAGGCUUUUUGACAUACUGUA